UCACUUUUUAAUGUGUUAUAGGCCCGAAUAAUCAAAAACAAAAUAUUAAAGUGUGUCACUUGAAAGAUUGAUUGAUUCUAGUUUAGUGUUCCAGACUAUACUAAGUGACCACUGACCAGUUUAGACCAUGUACACCCUUCUUCUUCUCACAACAGGGCUAGUGUUUGUGGGCUUAACCCUUGGAGAUUUCACACCUACUAGUCAGUGUGGUCAAAAUGGGAAAAUUUGCUAUGACGCUUCCAAGGAUCGUAUCCGUAAAAAGAUAGAUGAAGUUGAUUAUGUCGGAGGCUGCAGAGCAAAUCUAAAUCUUCUAAACUGCCUGAACAGCGUACAAGACAGUGCCACAUGUUCGGAUAUUCAGAACUAUAAAAUACAAAUUAGCAACUACACUACUGGAAUAUGUCGACCAGACAAUCCUGGUCUAGUUACAGAUUGUGGAAACCAACUAGGUUCAUGCGUCACUCAAUUGUACACCAUCAAAAAUGACUUUCAAAACAGCCAGGCCAAGAAAGCAUGUCCAGCCAUCAAAUUCUUCAACAACUGUACAAGCUCUAUAUUACAGGAACAAAUAUGCCCAAAGCCAAUCACCGACAAACUGAACGCUCUACUGACAGGCAUGAGUAAUGAGGAUAUGACAGUUGGAUGUGAUGGACCGUGUGCACAGUUAAUUGGAAACUGCACCACAAAACUGGUCUAUGAUAUUGUUGGUAUGCCAGUCUUCAAACUCAACUGGACGGAUUUCUGUAUUCAGGGUUACGGAGCAAGAAAGUGCGUUGAGGCUAUACCAACAACAUCUGGUCCCUGCAUCGCCAGACCUGGCACUACUUCAACAGUGGACGAUAUCAUGCACAGCUACACAGCUUACCUUCAAGACUACUGCGAUGACAAGGGGCAACCUUCUAAAUGUAUGGCUGAUAUGGACGAGUGUCGUGAUGAAAUUUUGGCAGUGACACCAGAUGCCAAUAUCACUACACAGUGUAGAAUUGCUGCCAACUUUUUGGAAUGUACUAGUAAGUUGCCCUGCGAGACUCAGCUGAAAACAACAAUAGACAGCAUGAGGCAAAUGUUUAUAACGGGUGAAGGCCAACAACACUGCCCUACUGUUGGUUCCUGCACUGAGCGUAUUGAGACCUGUAACGGUAUCAAUGCACAGCUGAAAACGGUCAAUAAUAACACCCAGAAAGCUCAAUUUUGCAAAAUGGUUGAUAGUGCUGUCAGUUGCUUUGAUUUUGUUAGAAAGGAUCCAAUCUGUAUAAAUGAGAAGAUGAUAGUCAGCGAUUUUGAAACUAUGCUGGCUGUUACAAUAGCACCAGCUUGUGGAGCUCCUAUUGGUUCCUGUACUGACAGAAUCAAAGUCUGUGAUAUGAAUGAGAAAAUUGUCACAGCCGUGGACAACUCAACACAGAGAGAUGAGUUUUGCAAGCGUGCAGCAACAGGAGCUAGUUGCUUUGAUGGUAUCAGACAAGAUCCUGCCUGUAAAACAGACAAACCAGAACUAAGCACAUGGGAGACAAAGCUCAAAAACCUCGUGAACCCCUAUUGUAAUAAAGCAGGAGGAUCUGCGACAUUCCUGCCCUAUGUUCUGAUGGCACCACUUUGUAUUUUCAUUAGCAAACUGUUGCGGCUGUAAGGAAUAUGAUAAUGAUAUAAGACCUGUGCCUGGGUGUGACUGGUAUUAAAGUGUACAUGAUGAUAUGUAAGCUAUAUUGUGGUGUAUUCAUUUUUCCGAAUGUCAAAUAAAAAUUUUUAGACAGAGUGGUAGGGAGAUAUUUGUCGAAAUAGAAGGAACAUGUUACAAAUUAAGAAUGUGUAAUUAAUUAAUUUUAUAUUAAUGAUCAUUGAUUAUAGGUCAAGGUAUAACUUCUAGUUUGGCAGCAUUUUUUUCUCAAAUGUUACAGCAUGAGUCAUGGCUCAAAUGUUUAGAUCUUACUGCCCAUUGAGCUUAAACACAUCACAUCCCUAUAAACCUGGCCAUUAUCAGCCUGUACUAAACCAUAUUGCCCAAAUUGUAGACUAAUCUAUUCUUUGCAAUUUGGUGCAAUUAGGUCAAUGUGGGCUACCUGAGUAGAAUGGGCAAAAUCUCUGUCAGAUACUUAAGGGAACUAUAGUAUUGUCCUAUAAUCAAGCUUAAGCUGGCUCCAAUGGUUUAGUAAUAAAAAUGUAUUAAAGGUAAAGUUAGCAAUAACAUUUAUCAUUUGGAUGCUGGCUCCAAUAAGUAAUUCAAAUUUCAUCAGGGUUCAAUUAGGGAUAACUUUUUUUGUGCAAUUAUAGAGCUGUGCAUGCAUCAUUAGGUUUAAGUAGAAUAAUAAUAUUCAAAGCAUUUAGUCAACUUUUCAUUGAUGUCUUUGGUUCUGAGAGUGCCUGGAGCUUUUUCAAUUGUGUAUACUGACCUAGAGCUUUCAUUGUGUUUAAUGGCAGCCAUAUAUAAAUGAAAUUAAAGUAUUAUUAACAGUU